GGACCUUGCUCGUAACCAGCUUAUUGGAUACUAUAAUUACGAAGGCUCCAAAGAAACCCUCGUUGGUGUUGAGAAUGAUUGUCUUGACAUUUGCAAUGCUAUGUGGUCUUUAUAUCUGCUCAAUCUGUCUAAAGCAAAUCAGUACCCGCACAAAUUUUGGAUUGCUAAAUGUUCAAGUGAUCCAAAGACCGUGUGAGCCACCUAUUAUAGAAACAUGGGAAAAACUUUAUGUGCAUUAUCCGCAACCCAAAACUUUUAGCAGGGAUGAGUGUAAAUGCAACCCGGUGAGAUAUUUUGCCAUAAUCUCUACUCAGAGAUCCGGGAGUGGAUGGUUUGAGACAUUAUUAAAUAGUCAUAUAAACAUAAGCUCCAAUGGAGAGAUUUUCUCUGUAAAAGUCCGGAGGAGUAAUAUCUCAACAAUAGUCGAAACUUUGGAUAAAAUCUACAAUCUUGACUGGUUGACCAGUGCUUCCAAGAAUGAGUGCACCGCUGCAGUUGGCUUGAAAUGGAUGCUUAAUCAGGGUUUAAUGCAGCAUCAUGAAGAAAUUGUAGAAUAUUUCAAUACCAAGGGCGUUUCAUUGAUUUUUCUCUUCAGAAGAAAUCUUCUGCGCAGGAUGAUUUCAAUUCUUUCAAACUCUUACGAUCAAAAUGCUAAGCCACUGAACGGAACACAUAAAUCUCAUGUGCAUUCAUCCCAUGAGGCAGAAAUACUUGCAAGUUAUAAACCUACAAUCGAUACAACACUGCUGAUCCGCAAUCUGAGGCAAGUAGAGGAAAUGACUGCCAAAGCUUUAGAAUACUUCAAGAGCACCCAACACAUUAUCCUAUACUACGAGGACAUAAUAAAAAAUUCCACCAAAUUGAAGGAUGUCCAAGAUUUUCUGAGGGUUCCACAGAGGGAUCUGAAGAGUCAGCAAGUGAAGAUACACAAAGGUUCAUUGUCCCAACACGUUGAGAACUGGGAUGAUAUCCAGAGAGCACUCUACGGAACGCCAUAUGAAAGCUUCCUCCAUUCAGAUUAUAACAUGUAAAACUUGCGUGCGCCCAGAGACACCAGAGACACCUGGUAGAUCUAGUAUGGAUGUGGAUAAUGAUCCAUUUUUUCAUUUUUUGGAAGCAAAUUAUUUUACAAAAGCUUUUGUAAUACAAGUUGGUCUAGUUGAUAAGAACAAGGCUAUGUGUGACUUUUGGCUGGUGUUGAUUUUUGCUGCCAUAGGACUGCUGAUUUUUUGGUUGAGAAUUAUGAAUUUAAUUUUUGAAUAUGUUAUUUUGUGGGUAAUGAUGAUUGGAUAUUAAAUUGAAUAGGAAAGUGAAUUAAUGCUGCAUUUAUAAUU